CAAGAUUGUCAAUGACACUUUAAUGUAAAUAAAACAUUAAGUACGAGACUUGUUUGGUUCCAGUUUCGCUCGAUGGGGGAGAUGAAAGCAAGUUGUUAAGAGAAACUGCGAGAGUUUUGACCAUGCUGCAGUGGGUGAAUGACGUUCUCCUUUUACUGGUUUCGGUUCUUUCUUUGGACAAGUUGGUGGAUUAUGCGAACCAGUCAAGGGUUUUCCUCAUCUAUGACAUCUUACUGAGAAGGAAACCGUCUUUGGCCAAUCGGCUUGGCUUGACACAUGACAUAGAUGCCCAAGCCAAUGAGCUGGUAUCAAUGACCAUACAAGCUCAGGAGACACGCCGAGAUGAGGCUUUCCUGCGGGACCAGAUGUUCCACCUCAACAGACGUCUAAGAAGGUUCAAGAUAAGGGAGAGUGUGGCACUCAUAAAAUGCCGAGCCUGGCAAGAACGCAAGCAGUUUCUGCUUCGAGAGAAAGAUAAACAGGACAAACAGAUCCAAGAGCAGCGAAAAAGCAUGCAACAGCAAUGGGCAAAUCACUGUGACGAAAUGAAAUCCUUGAAACAAACUUUAUCUGAUACUUUGAGAGAAAAGGCAGAAAUGGAAUCUGAAGUAGGAUCGCUGCAAGAUGAAAUUAAAAGUCUUGAAAAGGCGUUAAAAGCAAAGUCGCAAGGGGUCGAAAAUUUGAAAAUUGUGAGGAGUGCAAUAUCUGAGGAGGUAGAACAUUCGAAAGCUCAGCUGGAGAACACAAAAAGACGUCUUGAAGCGAUUGAUGCGAGUCAUUCUCGGUUCAUGGUCCAGCGGCGCAAAACUCUCAAGGCACUGAAAGCCCGGGCCGCUAAAGUGCGCUUCAAAGCCGAUCAAGUCGAACUGAUAUGCUAUAUGCAAGAGAAGGUGAAUCAAGUCACCCGGAUGCGAGUGGACAGCCUACGGGAACAUCUCGAUCGCCUCCACGUUGACUUGGUCCCACAGUCAGAGGUCAUUCUCAUAGAACAACGACGUUACAAACUUGUUAAGAUACUAAAACGAAUGUGUAUGGUCCUUCUUAUUGAAGGGUUAGUUUAUCUGGUAUACUUUCUUAUAACAUCCAUGUAAGGACAUCAUAAAGGCAUUCAGAACAAGUAAAACAAAUCUUGGUGGGUUUCGCCUUCACUCUGAUGGCGCAACAGGGACUAUCAAAAAGAAACAAAUUCUAAAUACCUCAAAGCCUAUUAAAAUACCACAGCCAGCUCUGUUUGCAAAACAGAUGCACAUUUACGGAGUGUUAUUUUGAUUUAACACUGCAAUUACGUAAAGUUCUUUAAACAAAAUACGAAUUUAUUGAGGAAAAUCGAACUGAAUGAAUACACUCUACACACCGUCGCAUCGACAAAAGCGAGUAACUAACAAAAGUUUAGUUUUUACCACAAAAGUCCAUAAACUUGUUCGAGUGUCCCGAUAUAACCUGACGAAUUAAUCUAAUCCAAUACAAAACUCAACAGGAAGUGUUCGGUGUACGCAGUAUUGAAUUAAGAAUUAGUCAAUAAAAUAAUUUUCUAAGAAAAGAAAAAAACUGUCUUGAUCUAAAGUACUAAAUUUUACUGAUGCGACAAAAUGUUAGCCUAUUUAAGUUUUUUGCAAAAGACGAAACAAUUAAACACAGCAUCUUGUUUUAUGCAACACCAAUUAUUUUGAGGCGUGUCCUUAACUACAUGUAUAUUCCAUAGACCUGAAGGAGCCAGGUCUAUGGUUAUUCUUGUAAGAUGUGUGCUUCGUGGCUUCACAGCAGCGGUAGUCCUGAACUUCAAUCAAGGCCCUUGCCAACCGCAUUUUUUUACACAACACGCCGCUCCUAAAUGAAGAUUUUAACCUUGGCUCUGGGUGAUUUUUUCCAAAGGAACGUAAAGUCGAACAUUUCAACAGCAGAUUCUUUCCACCGAGGCACGAAGACUCGUCUCUUGUUUCCCAGCCGAUUUAAUCGCAGUUGCGUAUUAUAUAUCAAGCAGCAGCGCAUGCCGCUGCGGCUAAACCGUGAUGACCACUUGAGGGCGCUAUGCAAUUGAUACAAAACCACAUGGUUUUUCCUAGAGCUCUACGCCGCCCAGCCGCCGACGAUCAUCUCACUUUUGCCUUGGUUGCAUUCAAAGAUCUGCAUAACACUGAUUACACUUCCAUCUCAUUGAAUCAGUGAUUUACUUUGCCAUUAUGCAAGUGCUGCCAUCAUCAACUAUUGUGAGAAUAUUCUCUCCACUGUUAUUCCGACAAAGAUUCUUUAAGUUCACUGAGGAAAUCUGCUUUUGUCAGAUGAGGACUCUGUCUGCACCACAACCUGUGAAACCAAAGAAACUUACAAAUACAAUCCCUCAUGGAAGACAAACACAAGGAUAUGCAUCCACAUGGACCAGUUACUCCAUUUGCCCCAAAGCUCAUAACUUCUUGAAAGGCGAUCUCUUCAAGUGCUUUGGUCUCACUUCCAUGAGGCCAAACCAUCCCUUCUGGCAGAUAUCCAGUGUUAUGCCACCAACAGUGGACCAGUCAUCUUUUGGAAAACAUACCAUGAGGCCUAUUCAUACAGGUUUGAGAAUCUUCUCCAAUGAUCAGAACAAUUCAAAUGAGAACAAAGAUGUUGGGACAAAGACUGCCUUGGGGAAGAUUCCAGACUCAGAGAGGUUAAAUCUCAUCUUCACUUGCAAGGUGUGUGACACUAGAUCAAUGAAGAGCAUCUCAAGGAUUGGCUAUGAGAAGGGAGUGGUGAUUGUGAAGUGUCCAGGAUGCAACAAGAAUCAUCUUAUUGCAGAUAACUUGGGAUGGUUUGCUGAUGCUGGGGCAAGGAAUAUUGAGGAGAUUCUUGCAGCAAGAGGAGAGACAGUGAAGCGGACCAUAGAUGAAGGGGAUGUCUUGGAAUUAACACAACUGGAAAGUGAUAAGAAAUGACCAUGGGUAUAAUGUCUGAUAGCAGCACUGGGGCACAGUGAGGAAUGGAAAAAACUAUAAACAGGUUUUUUUUCAUACUGCUUUUAACUACAUGGAAGAUCACAGCCCUUUCCAUUAUAAUAUUUGUUUAAGUAGUCGGAUGGGAUAAAAUUCAAGGCCUUAGCUAAGCCACUCCAAUUCCUCUGAUUUCAGAUUUACAUCUAGGUCCAGCAAGAUGAGUUAGCAGUACAUAUACUUGCAGUAUGCUGUGUAGAUUUGUGUAAAUCGGUAAAAUGCACAUUUUUGGAUUGCCACCUAGAUUAAUAAACCUGAUAAUUUUUCAUAUUGCACUUUUCCUACUUCAUCUUUAGAGAAGAGAAGAAAAGUUGAAGAAAAGAAAACUGUCAUCACACAGACCGUGGUACAGACUUUCUAAAACACACUUUUCAUUAUAUGAUGUACUUGAUAAUUAUUUAUUCAGUACAAACCUAUUGUCUUAUGUGUAAGUGGUAUCUUUUGAAGGUUGCUGUGAUAUAAAAUGUCUUUCUCAAA